AAAGCUGGACGUGGAUGAGUCCAAGGUGCCCAGCCAUGGACCCGAGCAGUGGGUGUCACCACCAACCUCCUCCUCAGCCGUGUUUGAUUUCUUGUUUUUGAAGUAGCAAGUAUCCUUUGUGUGCCUGGAUCUGGAUGCAAAGGACAGAGGGACUAGCAACACGUUCGGGGAUUUUUCCCAGCAGACCUGUUUCCCCUUCAUCUUGUCACCAGGCAAUGUCAUGACCUUGACCAGUUCCCUGCCCUCUGUGGGCCUCGGAAUUCCCCUUUGAGACCUCAGGAUAGCGUGGAAGCUUCUCUUGGAGUCCCCACACACGGAGCUGCCCUCUGAUCAUGGAGAUCUGGUAUUGAGGGCCCUGGUGUGCGUAAGGCCUGGAGGCUGGACCGUGAGGGGAGACCUGGGGAGCAGAUGAGUGUGGUGCAAAAGGCAUGUGAAGGGCUGUCACUGGAUGUGAGUGAGUUGGGAACACCAGGCUGCCCGAAGAGGAUCAGAAGGGCCAGCUUUACCAGACAAGCAAUCGUGCCCUCAGGAAAAUCUCUCUGCUUGUCAAAACCUCAGUUUUGCCACUGCAAAAUGGGGGCAAUAAACAUCACUGACCUCACAGGGAUGAAUAAGUACUGAGGACUCAGUGGCUUUGCUUCCACAUAGCAGGGCUGCUGGGGCCUCCUCCUUCUCCUGACGCUCACAGCAGCCUCCAGUCCUGGUCCACUGGGAGAGGCCUUGGCAGGAGGAAGAGGAGGCCUGUUGGUGUCAGACCGAUGCUGCAAGGGGUGUGAGGACAGGAGCCAUCGUCCAUCACUGAGCUGCCAGACCUGAAAAGGAUGGAGCUGGAGUGAGGUGGAGGGGCCGCCAGCUGCUGACCAGCGUGUGAGACACUGGUGGCUCGCGGAUCACUAAGGCUGGACAACGUUCAUGGCUCUCGGGUAGAUCCCAGUGAAACGGCCAGAAUGAAUUCUAUGGACAGGCAUAUCCAGCAGACCAAUGACCGACUGCAGUGCAUCAAGCAGCACUUACAGAAUCCUGCCAACUUCCACAAUGCUGCCACGGAGCUGCUGGACUGGUGUGGAGACCCGAGAGCCUUCCAGCGGCCCUUCGAGCAGAGCCUGAUGGGCUGUUUGACGGUGGUCAGUCGAGUGGCAGCCCAGCAAGGGUUCGACCUGGACCUCGGCUACAGACUGCUGGCUGUGUGUGCUGCGAACCGAGACAAGUUCACUCCAAAGUCUGCCGCCCUGCUGUCCUCCUGGUGUGAGGAGCUCGGCCGUCUGCUGCUGCUUCGACACCAGAAGAGCCGCCAGAGCGACCCCCCUGGGAAACUCCCCAUGCAGCCCCCCCUCAACUCCAUGAGCUCCAUGAAACCCACUCUGUCGCACAGUGAUGGGUCGUUCCCUUAUGACUCUGUCCCUUGGCAGCAGAACACCAACCAGCCUCCCGGCUCCCUCUCCGUGGUCACCACGGUUUGGGGAGUGACCAACACAUCCCAGAGCCAGGUUCUCGGGAACCCUAUGGCCAAUGCCAACAACCCCAUGAAUCCAGGCGGCAACCCUAUGGCGUCGGGCAUGACCACCAGCAACCCCGGCCUCAACUCCCCACAGUUUGCUGGGCAGCAGCAGCAGUUCCCGGCCAAGGCUGGCCCGGCCCAGCCCUACAUCCAGCAGAGCAUGUACGGCCGGCCCAACUACCCUGGCAGUGGGGGCUUUGGGGCCAGUUACCCUGGGGGUCCUAACGCCCCUGCGGGCAUGGGCAUCCCUCCACACACCAGGCCACCCGCUGACUUCACUCAGCCCGCGGCUGCCGCAGCAGCAGCAGCAGUGGCAGCAGCAGCAGCCACGGCCACAGCCACGGCCACGGCCACCGUGGCAGCCUUGCAGGAAACGCAGAACAAGGAUAUAAACCAGUAUGGACCGGUCUGUUCCUCUUUCCAGAUGGGUCCCACCCAGGCGUAUAACAGCCAAUUCAUGAACCAACCCGGGCCACGGGGGCCUGCCUCCAUGGGGGGCAGCAUGAACCCCGCAAGCAUGGCGGCUGGGAUGACACCCUCGGGGAUGAGCGGCCCUCCCAUGGGCAUGAACCAGCCCCGGCCACCUGGCAUCAGCCCCUUUGGCACACAUGGGCAGCGGAUGCCCCAGCAGACCUACCCAGGCCCCCGGCCCCAGUCCCUCCCCAUUCAGAGCAUAAAGAGGCCAUACCCAGGAGAGCCCAACUAUGGAAACCAGCAAUAUGGACCAAACAGCCAGUUCCCCACCCAGCCAGGCCAGUACCCCACUCCCAACCCCCCAAGGCCGCUCACCUCUCCCAACUACCCAGGGCAAAGGAUGCCAAGCCAGCCCAGCACCGGGCAGUACCCGCCCCCCACGGUCAACAUGGGGCAGUAUUACAAGCCAGAACAGUUUAAUGGACAAAAUAACACCUUCUCUGGAAGCAGCUACAGUAACUACAGCCAAGGGAAUGUCAAUAGGCCCCCCAGGCCGGUUCCUGUGGCAAAUUAUCCCCACUCGCCUGUUCCAGGGAACCCCACACCCCCCAUGACCCCAGGGAGCAGCAUCCCUCCCUACCUGUCCCCCAGCCAAGAUGUCAAACCACCCUUUCCACCUGACAUCAAGCCAAAUAUGAGCGCUCUGCCACCACCCCCAGCCAACCACAAUGACGAGCUCCGGCUCACGUUCCCCGUGCGGGACGGCGUGGUGCUGGAGCCCUUCCGCCUGGAGCACAACCUGGCCGUCAGCAACCAUGUGUUUCACCUGCGGCCCACAGUCCACCAGACACUGAUGUGGAGGUCUGACCUGGAGCUUCAGUUCAAGUGCUACCACCACGAGGACCGGCAGAUGAACACCAACUGGCCCGCCUCGGUGCAGGUCAGCGUCAACGCCACACCCCUCACCAUUGAGCGCGGUGACAACAAGACCUCCCACAAGCCCCUGCACCUCAAGCACGUGUGCCAGCCGGGCCGAAACACCAUCCAGAUCACUGUCACAGCCUGCUGCUGCUCCCACCUCUUCGUGCUACAGCUGGUACACCGGCCAUCCGUCCGCUCCGUGCUGCAAGGCCUCCUCAAGAAGCGCCUUCUGCCUGCAGAGCAUUGUAUCACAAAAAUCAAGCGGAAUUUCAGCAGUGUGGCUGCCUCGUCAGGCAACACGACCCUCAACGGGGAGGAUGGCGUGGAGCAGACGGCCAUCAAGGUAUCUCUGAAGUGCCCCAUCACAUUCCGGCGUAUCCAGCUGCCUGCUCGAGGCCAUGAUUGCAAGCAUGUCCAGUGCUUUGACCUGGAGUCUUAUCUGCAGCUGAACUGCGAGAGAGGGACCUGGAGGUGUCCUGUGUGCAAUAAAACUGCUCUGCUCGAGGGCCUGGAGGUGGAUCAGUACAUGUGGGGCAUCCUGAACGCCAUCCAACACUCCGAGUUCGAAGAGGUCACCAUCGACCCCACGUGCAGCUGGAGGCCGGUGCCCAUCAAGUCAGACCUACACAUCAAGGAUGACCCUGAUGGCAUCCCCUCCAAGCGCUUCAAGACCAUGAGCCCCAGUCAGAUGAUCAUGCCCAACGUCAUGGAGAUGAUUGCAGCCCUGGGCCCUGGCCCAUCUCCCUACCCGCUCCCGCCUCCCCCCGGGGGUACCAACUCCAAUGAGUACAGCAGCCAAGGCAACAACUACCAGGGCCAUGGCAACUUCGACUUCCCCCAUGGGAACCCUGGUGGGACAUCUAUGAACGACUUCAUGCAUGGGCCCCCCCAGCUCUCCCACCCACCGGACAUGCCCAACAACAUGGCCGCCCUCGAGAAGCCCCUCAGUCACCCCAUGCAGGAAACUAUGCCACACGCUGGCAGUUCUGACCAGCCCCAUCCCUCCAUACAACAAGGUUUGCACGUACCACACCCCAGCAGCCAGUCAGGGCCCCCAUUACAUCACAGUGGGGCUCCUCCUCCUCCUCCUCCUCCUCCUUCCCAGCCUCCCCGACAGCCACCACAGGCCGCUCCCAGCAACCAUCCACACAGCGACCUGACCUUUAACCCCUCCUCAGCCUUAGAGGGUCAGGCCGGAGCGCAGGGAGCAUCCGACAUGCCGGAGCCUUCGCUGGAUCUCCUUCCAGAACUCACAAAUCCUGACGAGCUCCUCUCCUACCUGGACCCCCCUGACCUGCCAAGCAAUAGUAAUGAUGACCUCCUGUCUCUCUUUGAGAACAACUGAAGGCCACCCCUCCAUCGGGGCCAUCCCUCCACUCUCUGCCUCUUGCCCCAUCUCCCCACACACUUCCCCACCAGGAGCCUGUGCCCUCAGAUAGCCCCUCGUCCAGAGCCAGAGGUGGGGGCAGGGCCCUCCCCUGCUGCUGCCCUCUCAGAACAGGGGGCCGGGAGGGCAUGGGAAGGCUGUGUGGCCUAGAUCCUGCGUCCACCCAAACUCUGUGGGCUUGGGCCCCGAAGACUUCAACCCCAGCGCCAACCGGCCCAAGAAGAGGGCCUGCCCUACCAGCAGCUUCCCAGUUCCUCUGCGUGCGGAUUUGCAGAUUUCAGCCACCUUCCGUUGCCCCAAGGUUCUUCCAUUUUCUAGACUGUGACCCUGCCUUCCUGCUUCUUGGCCCAGAGCCUCCUUCAAGUGACUGUGGUUUCUGAGAGAAGCUCCCCCCCAUCCUCCCAGUCCCAGGGUGGGCCUCAAAUCUUGGAGGACCAGUGACAGUUGGUGGCAGUGAGACUGGCCUGCCUACCACCACCCACCACAGAAAAGCACAAACCUCUGGGAAAGAGAACAUCUCUCAGGGGUCAAGGGUCAUUGGUUUGACCCCUGACCUCUAAGCCAAGAUACACUGUAAAUACGCUCUCAGAAAGCAGAGAAAAAAGGACAAGAUUCUGUAUUUCAGAGAGGGUCUGCCAUUCCUGCUGGGAGCCUGGUGGGAAAGGGUCCAGAGUCUCCCCAGAGCCAGGACGAAGUACCGGAAGCUCUACCACCAUCAGCCAGACCGGCCUUGGGGAGUAGAGAGAGCGCACACAUGUGCACCCAACCAAAAUUAUCGAGCCCUCAGUCGAGGGGUUGGGGGUAAUGCUGCUGACCCAGUCAAAUAGGGGCUGCAACUUAAAACUUAGCUCCAAGCCACUCCCUGAUUUUAAACAGCAACAGUUUAAAACGAUGAAGUCACCUGGAGGAGAGGAAAAGGAAAGGAACGUUGCGCUUGGACAGCAAGCAAACCAUUUCUCUCCAUGUGUUUUCUCUCCCCACCUCUCCGAAACUGUUCCGUGGGACACCCACUUCCCUCUGUGUCCUAGUUCUCUGUCCAACCCGAUGGCGGGGGAUGGGAAAGGUGGGAUGCAGGAGCCCAGGCAUCUGUGGCUGUCCAGCCUCUCUGUCCCUGCGCUCAUGGCUGUCCCCAGCUCCAGAUGAGGCCAUCACCACAUGUUCCAGGAUAUACCUGUGGGCAUCAUGGGAUAUUUCUAUGGCUGCUCAGAUACCGCCCAGACUGCCAGCCUCCCCUGCCCGUUGCACCCCUCCACCACCAAAAGCUCACCCCACACUCCUGCUGGCUCAAGCAAAGUAGCCUCUGGCUUUCCCUCUGCCUCUCCACUCCAUCUAGCUCUCUGACAUCUCCGGGGGAGCUUGUCCUGUGUUCACUUUGUUUCAAGCUCUUCUUUGCCCCCUUAAGCCACAUGGCCUGGGGUGAUGCUGGCUCAUCCCGGCACUUGGGUCCUGUCUAUAAAUUCUUUACGCCCUUCCCUGCCACUGCCCUAGCCCUUUCCUGAUUUCCUGUGCCCUGUGGGUGCUCUCAAUCCAGCUAUCCCAGCUCUUUCUCUCUGUGGUGGGUGGUCCUAGCACUCCUCUGUGGAUUUUCCCAGAAAGGUGGCCCCAUCUGUUGCCUUCCAGUCACUGUACCAGAUGGCACAAGGUUUUCUGUAGGAAAGCUGCCAUUGUCCCCCCACACCCCUUUUUUUCCUUUGUCCUGUUGUGGAAGUUUUUUCAAAGUGUGUUGUUCAGUAUGCAAAUCAAUUAUUUUAAGAAUCGCUUUUGUAAAUAUCUUUGUGAAUAUUUUAGUAUUGUCUUUGAUAAUAUUCAACAUUUUCAUGACCUGGUUAUAGCCUUUGCUGGUGUUUUUAAAAUACCUUGACUCAAUAACAAAGACCGAGUUUUUUUUUUGUUUUUUUUUUUUUUACAAAAAUAAAGUAACCAGGGCUAUUUGUACAGAUGAAGGGAUGGACAGAAUGGGUGGCUAUACUGGGGGUUAGAAGACCAGGCAGCCCAUUGUUUAAUGCCAUCCCUCAGGUGGCUGGUGGGGACAGGACAGUGCCAGGUAGCAUGUGGUCACCCUUGCUUGCCCAGCGCCUGUGGCCUGGUAGGUGGCCAUGGUCUGUGUCAGACCAUCUAGAAUUUUGGCUCCAGAUAGACUUACAGACGCCUUCCUUAGCAGUUCCUGCUUCCUGCCCUGAUGCUUUGGCCCAGAAGGUCUGGAGUCCAUAAUUUUUCAUAUCAGGGUGUACCCAGACUCUGUGCACAGACCUAUCCACAGCUUUCCUUGCAGAGGGUCUAGAAGCUCCCUGUAGCCCAGGCCCUGCACCCAUCCACCUCUGGGCACGUCACCCGCGUGUCCUGGGGUCCCUCCACAGUGAGCGUCCACCAGCAAGUUAGGCAGAGAGCUCUUCUUCCUGCUGGCUGUGAACCAUGGUGCCUGAAGCCUGCGCUCUGGGGUCAUGCUCUUCCACAGGGGGUUGGAGCCAGGCCAGAGUGUUUGGUAGGUACAGAGACAUCUCAGGCGGAGCAAGCCCCAGUCGGGCAGAUGCAAGUAAAGACAGCAUCCGUAAGCAGAGGUGGUCCUGAGCUCUGGGAAGAUGCUUCCCUGACCCCUUUUGGACAAAUCCUUGGAGCCAUAAGUAACCUCAGCAAAAACAAGGACUUAGUAAGCCACUUUUCCAUGGCAAGCAUCAACCUAGCCCGUAGGUGUGUUUUCUGCUGCCACUCCCCGAGAUUGGACAGGGAGCCAGCAGGCAGGCAGGAAGGGCCAAGUACAGGCAAUCACCCCAUCUUCUUGGUUUGAAGCUUUAUCCAUGUAUCAUGUUCCCUGUAGCCAUUUUAUUUUUUAAGAAACUGCUAAUACCUAACUCCCCUCACAGCCCUAAACCCCCAGAGAGCUAUAGGUCUGCUCCCAAUGGGCCUCGGGCCUGACACGUCCAGACAGGGCAGUGUCAGCAGCAGCGACUCAAGGGACGUGUGUACAUAUGUAAAUGAGAAAUAGAGACAUGUCAACAGAUGCAUUCAUUUCUCUCGGAAUGUGUAUUGUUUUUAUUUUACGAAACAAAAAAAAGGCUUGGAACUCCAUCUUACGUGGAAAAAUUAGAUCUGUUUGUUAGCGUUUGUGAGUUUCUCCACAUUUGUCUCACUCAUGUAAUAUACUCUGACCCUGUGUGGAAAGGAAUUUUUGUUCUGUUUUGUUUUUAUUUUACCUACAUGUACUAUUUAGCUUCAGUGUACUAGUCCUGCCACCUGUGUAUUUUUAGGGUGCUAUGGAAAUUAUGAAAAGAAACGGGGAUUUCAGAAGAAAAUUGUAACCAAAUUCAUACUUUGUAUAAUUUUUGAUAUCAUGAUCACAGGUGAUUCACACGUACACACAUAAACACACCCACAAGUGCAGCCUGAAGUAACUUCCACAGAAACCAUCAUCGUCUUUGUACACCGUAUGUACAAUGCAAUCAUUUCAUACUUUAAACUGGUCAGAAAACGAAUUGUGAUUUCUAGUCUUGCAAAGCUGUAUGUAGUUAGAUGAUGUGACAACCUCUAAUAUUUAUCUAAUAAAUAUGUAUUCAGAUGAAACCUGUAUAUUAGGUGUUCAUGUGGUUAUUUUGUAUUUAAAGAUCAAAUUAUUUGACUAUUGCUAGACAUUUCUAUACUCUGUUGUAACACUGAGGUAUCUCAUUUGCCCAUGUUAAUUUUUUUCUAAAUAAAUUGACAAAAAC